AUGGAGUCUGUUGCUUCAGAAAAGGGGAAAGAUUCAGGAGAAAGCUAUGUAUGUUCAUCCGACAACUUCUUUAAGAAAGUGGAGUACACCAAGAACGUCAACCCAAAUUGGUCCGUCAAUGUGAAAACCUCUGCCAACAUGAAAGCUCCCCAAUCCCUGGCUAGUAGCAACAGUGCCCAGGCAAAGGAGAACAAGGAUUUUGUGCGUCCCAAGUUGGUGACCAUCAUCCGGAGCGGAGUGAAGCCAAGGAAGGCUGUCCGUGUGCUCCUGAAUAAGAAAACAGCCCAUUCGUUUGAGCAGGUGCUCACCGACAUCACAGAAGCCAUAAAGCUGGAAACAGGAGUCGUUAAAAAGCUGUAUACCCUGGAUGGGAAACAGGUAACUUGUCUUCAUGAUUUCUUUGGGGAUGAUGAUGUAUUUAUCGCCUGUGGGCCAGAAAAGUUCCGCUACGCCCAGGAUGACUUUUCUCUGGAUGAAAAUGAGUGUCGGGUAAUGAAAGGAAACCCACCUACUACCCCAGGCAGCAAGUCAUCCCCAACCCCCCAGAAGAGUUCUGCAAAAAGUCCAGCUCCGUUGCGCCGGAGCAAAUCACCAGCUGAUUCAGGUAACCUUCAGGACGCCAAUGGAACAUCAAGCAGCCAGCUUUCCACACCGAAAUCAAAGCAAUCCCCAAUCUCCACACCCACCAGUCCAGGAAGCCUCCGUAAGCACAAGGACUUGUACCUGCCUCUAUCCUUGGAUGACUCUGAUUCUCUUGGAGACUCCAUGUAAAGGAAACCCAGUUUCCUGUGUCCAUAGUACACACUCUGUUUUAAAUGCAGAGGAGUACUUCUGCCAAAUGGAGCAGAGAGGUCACUGGUGCUUGCAAUCAAUCCAAGGACACAAAAGUGAUGGUUAUUCUUUCUUUUCUUUUCUUUCUUUUUUUUCCUCCUAUGAUUUCUCCUCUGUGUCACAAAUCCAACACGAUCAACUGACAGAGGCAAAGAGAUACCAACCAUUUACAGAACUUCACAGCAAACAUAAAACGGCCAUUCCUGGUUGUUUGAAGCCAGAGAGAAGUAGAACAUCACGAUCUUAUGGCUUACUAUUCUCUCUCUUUGUACUCUGGUGCAAUGACACCAUGAUGGGCUGUCAGUGUAGAAAAGAGAUGAUUUGCUUUUCAAAAUAUUCCAUCAGCAGAUGGGGCAACGCUGCCCCUAAACCUCAACCCUUCCCACCAGCUCCUUUUCCGCACAUUCGUAGUUACCAGCGACGCUUCCAAAGCGAGCUUCUUUCCAAUGCUACUGUGUUGAAUUUAAUACCUUCCUAUUAUCUGAACUUAAUUUAUGCUCACAGCCACCAAGGGCUAAAUCCAUGAUGUUAAUCAGGUCAAUAUAUGACAGCAUCCUCAAAAAUAAACAAACAGCUCCUUAUGGUAGUUUUGCUGCAGGAUCCUUAAAGCAGGAUCUUUUAACUGCACUGGAUUUUUUUUAAAAGAAGUGGC